AUGGCUGCCGCUGAUCCUGCUCCAGCGCUAGUGGCUCUGGACAAUGCGAUCGCGCAGAUCGACCUCCUCAUCUCCCGCCUCACCGCGUCGUCCGCCUCCUCAGCUGACGUUCCCGUUGCCGCUCAGCCGAAACCAGCAGUAGCUGAAAGCAAUGGCGAGAAGCAGUCCUGCGUAUGUUUCUCCGUUCCCUCUCCGCCAGCAGCGCAAUCAUCAGCUGCUCCAGCAUCAGCGGGGGAGAGCGUAGAGAAUUUCGACAAAUGCGACAUCAGGGUGGCGCGGGUGCAGGCGGUGGAGCCCCACCCGGUGGCGGAGAAGCUUUACGUCUGCCAGGUCGAGGUUGCUCCGGGGGAGGUCCGCCAGGUUGUGGCUGGUCUGAAGAAGUUCAUCUCGCAGGAGGAGCUGCAGGGGCGGCUGGUGUGUGCCGUGUGCAACCUCAAGCCCGCCAAGCUGGCCGGGCAGCCCAGCCAAGCCAUGAUGCUCGCUGGCUCGCACCCCUCUGCUGAGGCUGAGGCCGGGGAGGUUGUCAAGCUCAUUGAUCCGCCCCAAGAUGCUGCAGUUGGUGAUCGAGUCUGCAUCCAGGGCCGGCCUGCGAGUGCAGCCCCAGUGAAGCAGCUCAGCUCCAAAGUGUGGGAGAAGGUGGCAGGGCUGCUUCGGGUGCAAGGAGGAGCUGCUAUGUUUGAUGGGCAGGCUCUGGUCACAGGGGCGGGCGGAGGCAUCACUGUGCAAGGCCUAAAUGGCCGUUCGCUCGCCGUGACUGCGCGGUUCAGUCGGGACCGAUCCGACGAGCGGCGAAGGGGGAAUGCCACUGUUAGAGACGACUUAGCUCCAGGGGGGAGCCGGGCUCGGAGAGAAAAUGGGGAAUGGAGUGAGAGCGAGAGGCGUUUGUCUGGUGAGAGCAGCGGGAGGGGAGAGGGAGAAGAUCAGAGGAGUACGGUGAGGGGAGAUGGUGGAAGAGUUGGUCCCGAAAUGGGUGGUGAUUAUAGGCGGAGUGCGUAUAGAGGGGUGGAGAGCGAUGGAGGGGAAGGUCGUUGGGGGGGCAGAGGAAGGGGUGGUUUAAGCGGGAGAGAGCGAGGGGAGAGGGACAAGGGGGGACAGGCGCGGGAGGGUUCAGGGUUCGGGGACAGAGGGGGGUUUAGCGAUGGCGAUGGCGAUGAGAGGGUUCGUUAUAAGGAGGACCGAUAUGCGUAUGGAAGUGCGGGUCGAGAGGGGUAUGGGAGGGAGCGAGGAGUUAGGGGAUAUGGAAGGGGAGAAGGGUUGAUGGGGAUUGAUGAGGCAAGGAGAAGCGAGAACGAGAGGCGAGAGGCGUAUGGGGAUGAAAGGGAGCGGUUAACAAAGGGUUCAGAGCGGUACCAGGGGGUAAGAGAGCGGUACUCUGGGUAUGGCAGGGAGAGUGGGGGGCGAGGAGGCGGAGAGGGAGAGAGGGUGUAUUGGGGAAGGGGUGGGCGGAGGAUUGAGGAACGGUGGGGCGAAUCAGGGGAGAGUGGGGUUGAGCGGAGCGAGAGGUCGGGGGAUGGAAGGAGAGAAGGGGGAGGUGGGGAAGGGAGGAGGGGUGAUGGGGAGAGAGAGGGGGUCGAUUAUGGGAGGAGAGAUAGGGGCGGUUAUGGGGGGACUGAGAGGGCGGGAUAUGGAAGGGGGGACAGGGGCGGGUAUGGUGGAAGGGGCAGGGGGUCGUAUGGGGGGAACGAGAGGAGUGUUUAUGGGGGGAGCGAGAGGAGUGUUUAUGCGGGAAGGGAGAGGAGUGAGUAUGAGGGAAGGGAGAGGAGUGAGUAUGAGGGAAGGGAGAGGAGUGAGUAUGGGGGAAGGGAGAGGAGUGAGUAUGGGGGAAGGGAGAGGAGUGAGUAUGGGGGAAGGGAGAGGAGUGAGUAUGAGGGAAGGGAGAGGAAUGAGUAUGGAGGGAGGGAAAAGGGUGACUAUGGAGGGAGGGAGAGGAGCGAGUAUGGAGGCAGGGAGAUGGGCGGAUUAGAAGAAAGAGGGAGGGAGGGGUACAGGGGAAGAGAGAGGGAUGAUAAUGGGGGGAGAGGGAGAGGGAGGGGGGAUUAUCGGGAAAGAGGGAGGGGGGAUUAUCGGGAAAGAGGGAGGGGCGACUUUGGCAGGAGAGGAAGGGGUGGUUACGGGGGAAGAGGGAGGAGUGACAGUGGCAGGAGAGCAGAUACGCAGUCAGACUUCCAUCGCCGUCCUCGCGAAGAGGAACGAGGGUGGGGGCGGGAGAGGCUUGACGGACAGCAGGAGGAGAGGAUGUCAGAUGUCAAGGCGAAUGGAGUGCAGGAGGGGCAUCUGUCAAUGGACAGGGACUCACAAGGGGAUGGGCAUUCUCCGAAAGAAGGGCAUUUGCCAACGGAGGGGGUGAUAAGACUCAUGAAUGUGGAUGUGCCGUUGCAUGCCGACCCGGGCAAGGAUGACGUGGCAGUGAGUGAGGGGCUGGUGCGGGCGGCAGCUAUGGCGCUGCACGUGCGGGCGGAGCACCUGCCCUCGUCUGCUCUCACGGUCGUGCGCAAGUCCUUUGAUGCCCGCAAGGGUGCAAGGCCCUUCACCCUCUCCCUCUCUCCAUCUUUCACUCUCUCCCUCGCCCAUCCCAUCCCCACCUCCCUCACGCACAGGCCCCAGUGUUCGCCUAUGCCAUUGACAUUGAUGCAGCAGCACUGGUGCAAGCCUUCACCCUGUCUUGCUCUCCCACUCUUUCACCGUCUCCCUCCCCCACCCCCAUGCGAGAUCCGGACAUGGCUCAGUGAGCUGCGUGCGUGCAGUAAGCCUACUGCAAGCCUCUUUCACCGUCUCCCUCCCCCACCCCCAUGCGCCUCUCCUCGUUCACAGGCCCCUGUGUUCGCCUAUGCCAUUGACAUCGAUGCAGCAGCGCUAGCGCAGGCCUUCACGCUCUCAGCCACGCCCCCUCGCAAGCGCAGAGAUGUGGCCCUUAAAUCCCAGGUCGUGCUGCCUGAACCGCCCUUCAGCCUUCUCGCUGCCUGCACCCCUGCUGCUGCGUCCCCUGCUGCUCCACCUGUUGCUGCCCCUGCUGCUGCUGCUUCCGCUGCUGAUGGUGCUGGUGCUUAUACCAGCAGCAGCACAGGUGCUCCCACAGGAGCAGUGAGGGCGAGAGACAAGCCACCGAGAGAGCGAAUGCGCAACGUAGUGGUGGGGAUGGGUCCAGCGGGGUUGCUGGCAGCUCUCGUACUGGCAGAAGCAGGCGAGCAGGUGACAGUGGUGGAGCGGGGUCAGCCCGUGGAGGAGCGAGGGCGGGACAUCGGCGCUCUAGCCGUGCGCCAUGUGCUCAACCCAGACAGCAACUUCUGCUAUGGGGAGGGUGGGGCUGGGACGUGGAGUGACGGCAAGCUGACGACUAGGAUCGGGAAGAAUAGUCAAGAUGUUAGGGAGGUGCUGAAUGUUCUGGUGAGGAUGGGUGCUCCCGAACGUAUUCUUGUGGACGGGCGCCCGCACCUCGGCACCGACAGGCUCGUGCGCAUCCUGCAGCAGUUCCGGGCCUAUUUGUUAGGUUUGGGCGUGGAGAUCAGGUUCGGAACGGUGGUGGAGGAUCUGGAGGUUCGGAACGGGCGGGUGGCGGGGGUGCGAGUGAGGCCGGCUGGGAGUGCGGUGGGAAGCGGUGCAGAGGGGCGGAGUGUGAUAGCAGCGGAUAGGGUGCUGUUGGGGGUGGGGCACUCAGCAAGGGCGGUGUUUGACAUGCUGCUGUCUCACAACGUGCUGCUCACACCAAAGGACUUUGCAGUGGGCUUUCGUAUCGAGCAUCCCCAGCGAGAGAUCAACGCCAUCCGGGUAAGGCUUUUGAGGUGUCUCAAAGGGGCGGUGUUUGACAUGCUGUUGGGGGUGGGGCACUCAGCAAGGGCGGUGUUUGACAUGCUGCUGUCUCACAACGUGCUGCUCUCCCCAAAGGACUUUGCUGUGGGCUUCCGCAUUGAGCAUCCCCAGCGCGAGAUUAACGCCAUUCGGUACCGGCGGUGGCAGGGCAGCAUGGACGUGGAGGCAGCAGUGGCGCGCGGCAAGGGGGCAAUACCGGCGGUGGCAGGGCAGCAUGGACGUGGAGGCAGCAGUGGCGCGCGGCAAGGGGGCAAUACCGGCGGUGGCAGGGCAGCAUGGACGUGGAGGCAGCAGUGGCGCGCGGCAAGGGGGCAAUACCGGCGGUGGCAGGGCAGCAUGGACGUGGAGGCAGCAGUGGCGCGCGGCAAGGGGGCCAUCCCCGUGGCUGACUACUCCCUCGCCGGCCAGUUCUCCCCCACUGCCAGCAGCACUAGCAGUGGGCAGCAGGGGCGCAGCUGCUACUCGUUCUGCAUGUGUCCGGGAGGGCAGGUGGUGUGCACGAGUGUGACAGCGGACGAGCUGUGCCUCAACGGCAUGUCCUUCUCCAACCGCUCCUCGCUCUGGGCCAACGCGGCCCUCGUCUCUUCCGUGUCUGCUGCUGGUGGCGACUUUGACGAGUUCACCGGGGAGCACGGCGCGCUGGCAGGCAUGGAGUACCAGGUAGGUGGCGCGCUGGGGUGGGGUGGUGGUGGGGAGAGAAGGGGAGCAAUUGAGCGCCAGGCGGCCGUGAUGGGAGGUGGAAACUUCGUGGCACCGGUGCAGCGUGCCACCGACUUCCUUGAUGGCACUCUCUCCCCGAGUGAGCACCUCCCCCACGGCUCACCUGUGUGCACCACGGUGAGCAUCUCCCCCAAGGCUCACCGACGGUGA